CGGCGGGGCCGGGGGGGGAGCGGGGGGGGCGUCCCCAACAUGGCGGCGGCGGCGGCGGCGGCUCCUCCCGCGUCCCCCGCGGGCCCCGCCGCCUCUCCGGGCCCCUCGGCCCCGCCCGCGCCGCCCCCGCCGCUCCCCCCCUCAAGAUGUCGGCGGCGGCUCGGUCGCGCGCGGCGUGACGUAGUCAGGCCCCGCCGGCGGGAGGGGGGCGGGGGAGCGGCACCGGGAGCGGCACCGGGAGCGGAACCGGGACCGGGAGCGGCAGCGGGGGCGGCACCGGGAGCGGCGGGGGGAGCCCCGGGCCGGCUCCUCAGGGCGCCAUGGGCCCGGCGCGGCGGCGGAGGCGGAGCGGGCCCGAGGCGGGCGCGGGGCGGCGGCGGCGGCGGCGCUGAACGGGAACAGCCCCGAGGGCGCGGUACCGGAACCGGAGCGGGACGGUUUUUCCGGCGUUUCCCGUGCUCUGGGAUCGCCGUGGGCGCGUUCCCGCGGCGCGGGAUGGACGGGAGCGGCCCCGGAGCCCCCCCGGCCAUGGCCCCGGACAGCGAGGCCCCGGAGGCGCCGGGCGAGGCCGGAGCCGGGAUCCGGGAGAUCGGGGGGAAGCGGCCGGAGAGCGCGGCCGGAGCCGCGGGGCCGGGGCCGGAGCAGGAGGAGGAGGAGGAGGAGGAGGAGGAGGAGGAAGAGCCGGAUUUGUUCUCGGCGCUGGCCCGGACGGAGCCCGGGGUGGCCCUGGAGGCCAAGGAUGAGGCCGAUGAGCCCGACCCCGCCCUCUCCGGAGCCGUCCCGGCCGCGCCUCACCGGACACAGCUCGGCGCGGCUCCCGAGGAGCGCCCGGAGUUCCCUCGGCUGCUGUUCCGUGCGGAGCCGCUGGGCUGGGCCCGAAGCACUUUCCAGAGCGAUCCCCCGGAGCCCCGGCCGGACGCGGAGCCGCCGGGCAGCGACCGGGACGCGGCGCCGGAGGCCGGGAAAGCUCCGCCGGGAUCUCCGGAGCCCGUCCCGGCCGGGGAGAGCCCCCGGACCCAACCAAAGCAGGCGGAAUCGGCCGGAGCCGAGCGGGGCCGCGGGAGCCUCCGGAGCCUGGAGUGGAUCCCGGGCGCGGCGUUCCCGCAGCUCCGGGACGUAGCGGCCGGCUCGGCGUUCCGGCGGGAGGCGGCUUCGGCCUUCCGGAGAGCGCCCAAAGCCAAAGGCUCGGAGAGCCGGCGCCAGAGGGCGGCGCGGCCGGAGCCGCCCGGGCCCCCGGAGUGGGCGCCGGCAGAGCCGCCGUGGGCGCUCGACGCCGCCGCGCCGGAGCCGCCGGAGCCGCACGGAGCCUUCAUCCUCCCGGAGCCGCCGCCAGAGCCGCACGGAGCCUUCCUCCUCCCGGAGCCGCCGGAGCCGCCACCGGAGCCGCACGGAGCCUUCCUCCUCCCGGAGCCGCCGCCGGAGCCGCACGGAGCCUUCAUCCUCCCGGAGCCGCCGGAGCCGCACGGAGCCUUCAUCCUCCCGGAGCCGCCGGACAGGGAAGCGGAGCCGGAGCCGGAGCCGGAGCCGGAGCCGGAGGACGACGCCGGCGUUUUCACCUGCAUCGAGUGCAGCAUCUACUUCCGCAAGAAGGAGCACCUGCUGGAGCACACGCUGCAGCACAACCGCGGCGCCGAGCGCGGCUCCGCCGGCUCCCCCGCCGGCCGCCGCCGCCUGCGCUGCGGGGAGUGCGGCUGGGCCUUCGGCGAGGCGGCGGCGCUGGAGCGGCACCGGCGGCUGCACCAGGAGUCGCGGGAGAAGAUCAUCGAGGAGAUCCAGAAGCUGGACGAGCUGCCGGACGAGGGCCGCGAGGCGCGGCUCCAGUGCCCCAAGUGCGUCUUCGGCACCAACUCCUCCAAGAUCUUCGUGCAGCACGCCAAGAUGCACGUCAAGGAGAGGAAGGAGGGCGGCUCCCGCGGCUCCGGCAUCGGCUCCGGGCUCGGUUCUGGACUCGGUUCUGGACUCAGCUCCGGGCUCAGCUCUGGCCUUGGUUCCAGCCUCGGUUCUGGACUCAGCUCCGGCCUCGGUUCCAGCCUCGGUUCCGGCCUCGGUUCCGGGCUCUUCCACGGCCUCUCCGGCACCGAGGAGGCUCCGGCGGCUCCGGCCGGGCGAGCUCCGAGCUCCUGCGUCCUGUGCGGGUUCCCGGCGCCCGACGAGCGCGUCCUGAGGGAGCACCUGAGCUUCGCCCAUUCCCAGCUGUCCUGGCAGAGCUUCCCGGAGGAUCCCGGCCAGCCCGGCACCAGCCGCGACUCCUUCAGCCCCGCCGAGCUCUUCGGGAAGAGCGAGCGGCUUUUCCCGGCCGUGGCGGCGGCGCCGGCGCGGGAGGGCUCGGAGAGGAGCGCCGGUGGUGCCAGGAAGGACUGGAGGGGGCUCCAGCACGCCAGGAAGGCGGCGCCGCGUCCCGGCCCCCAGCACGGCCCCGCGCUCGCCGGAUUCACCAAGGGCCGCCCGCACUCGGCGCCGCGGCUGCCGCGGAAGAGAGCGGCCGGGCAGGACGGGGACGGCGACGCCGCGGGGCUGGAGGAGCUCCAGGAGGACGAGGAGGAUGAGGAGGAUGAGGAGGAGGAGGAGGAAGAGGCGGGCGGCGUGGCCGUGCCCGCGGCGGCGCUGGAGCUCAAGAGGAGCUUCGGGGCCCUGCUGAGGGCGGCGGGCUCGGAGCAGCAGCGGCGGCAGCUGCGGGCCAUGGUGCCCCUGGUGCUCCUGGAGGGGCCCAGCGCCAAGAGGAGGAGGAGGAGGAGGAAGAGGAGGAGGAGGAAGAAGCCCCCAGCAGCAGCAGCAGCAGGAGGAGGAGGAGGAGGAGGGUCGGGCGGGGGGUUCCUGCUGGAGGAUCCGCUCCCCCUGGACGUGCUGCUGCUGGAGGCGCCGCUGGAAGCGCCGCUGGAGCUGGAGGAGCUGCUGGGAUCCGAGGGGGCGGCGCUGAGGAACGAGGAGCGGCGCUGCCCCUACUGCCCCGACCGCUUCCACAACGGCAUCGGGCUGGCAAACCACGUCCGCGGCCACCUCAACCGCGUCGGCGUCAGCUACAACGUGCGGCACUUCAUCUCCGCAGAGGAGGUCAAGGCCAUCGAGCAGAGCUUCUCCUUCCAGAAAAAGAAAAAGAAAGUGGCCAACUUCGACCCGGGCACGUUCAGCCUGAUGCGCUGCGAGUUCUGCGGCGCCGGUUUCGACACCCGGGCGGGGCUGUCGAGCCACGCCCGCGCCCACCUGCGCGACUUCGGCAUCACCAACUGGGAGCUGACGGUGUCGCCCAUCCACAUCCUGCAGGAGCUGCUGGCCGCGACCCCCGCGCCCCCCGCGCUGCUCCGCGCCCUCGCGCCCUCGCCCGCCCCGCCCUGGGGCCACCCCGGCCCCCAGCACUACGGGGACGUGCUGGCUCCGGACGAGGAUGACCUGGUGGCCCUGGAAGUGACGUCCCCUCCUCCCAUUCCCAAGAAAAGCUCCGGGAAUUUGGUGCUGGAGCCGCCCCCGCCCCGCCUCGGGACCAAGCUCUCCCCGGAGCCCCCCGGCAGCAAAGCCGAGCCCCAGGAUUCCAAAGCCCCCAGCCUGGCCACGUGUGAGGUGUGCGGCGCCUGUUUCGAGACGCGCAAGGGCCUCUCGAGCCACGCGCGCUCCCACCUGCGCCAGCUCGGCGUCGCCGAAUCCGAGAGCUCCGGCGCUCCCAUCGACCUCCUGUACGAGCUGGUGCGGCACAAAGCCAAACCCGACGGCGCCAGGAAAUCCUCCUCUCCCAAGGAGCCGCCGGCGGCGCUGCCGGCGGCGCCGCGCCCGGAGCCGCCGCUCAACAAAGCCAUCAAAUCCCCGCCGGGGUUCGGCAAAGCGGCGCCGGGCUCGCCGGGGCUGCGCAAAGCCGUGCCGGGCUCGCCCUGCGCCCGCGGCGCCGCCGACGACAAGGGAGCCAAGCUGGGGCUGGGGCCGCUGCCCGCCGACGGAAAAUGGGGGCCGGACGAGGAGGCGCCACUCAACCUCACCUCGGGCGCGGAGCCGUGCCGCGACAUCCGCUGCGAGUUCUGCGGGGAGUUCUUUGAGAACCGCAAGGGGCUGUCGAGCCACGCGCGCUCCCACCUGCGCCAGAUGGGCGUCACCGAGUGGUACGUGAACGGCUCGCCCAUCGACACGCUGCGCGAGAUCCUGGCGCGCCGCCGCCCCGCCGCGCACCCCAAGGCCCUGCCCAAGGGGCUGCUGGCCGGGCUGGCGCCGCUGGAGCCGCCGCGGCCGCCGGAGCUGCACCUGGCCGGGCUGGCCAAGAAGGCCCCGCUCAGCCCCCCGGGGCCGGCGCCCGGCGCGGCUUCGCCGCCGCCCACGGCCAGGAAGAUGUUCCCGGGGCUGGCGGCGCCGGGAGUGCCCAGGAAGGUGAAGCAGGACCAGCUGCGGGUGGAGAUCAAGCGGGAGCUGAUGGCCUCGGCAGGAGGAGGAGGAGGAGGAGGAGGAGGAGGAGGAGGGGCCGGGAUCCAUCCCGGGGAGGCGGCGGCGCCGGAGCCGGGCUGGGCCGCGCACGAGGAGAUGGCGCCGCUCAACCUCUCGUCCCGGGCGGAGCCGUGCCGCGACAUCCGCUGCGAGUUCUGCGGGGAGUUCUUUGAGAACCGCAAGGGGCUGUCGAGCCACGCGCGCUCCCACCUGCGCCAGAUGGGCGUCACCGAGUGGUCGGUGAACGGCUCCCCCAUCGACACGCUGCGCGAGAUCCUCAGGAAGAAAUCCAAGCCCUGCCUCAUCAAGAAGGAGCCGCCGCUCCCGCCGGGGCUGGAGGCUCCCGGCCCUUUGCCGGAGGAGGCUCCGGAUCCCAAGCUCCCGGCUCCCGGCAAAGCUCUGCCGCCGCUGGCGCUGGCGCCGCUGGGCGCCGGCCGGCCCGGGAAGCCGGGACCGGGAUCGGGAUCGGGAUCGGGGCUGGCGCUGGCGCCGCUGGGAGCCAAAAACGCCGGAGCUUUCCUGGGAGCCAAACGGGCGCUGCCCGAGGAGGGGCUGGGAGCGCCCGGGGACGCCAAACACCGGAGCUUCGAGCUGGGCAUCAAGGCCAGGGCCCUGCACGACAAGGCCUCUGCCGAGGCGUGCUGCGAGCUGUGUGGGCUGUACUUUGAGAACCGCAAGGCUCUGGCGAGCCACGCCCGGGCUCACCUGCGCCAGUUCGGCGUCACCGAGUGGUGCGUGAACGGUUCCCCCAUCGAGACCCUGCGCGAGUGGAUCCGGCACCGGCCCCACAAGGCCGGCGCCUACCGCAGCUACAUCCAGGGGGGCCGGCCCUUCUCCAAGAAAUUCCGCAGCUCGGCGCCGCCGCGGGAGCCGCGCGGGGCCCUGGGAAUGCCCUUCCUGGGCAAGGCGGCGGCGCUGGCGGCCGAGGCCGCGCUGGGCGACGGGAAAGGAGCCGAGGGAGCCGAGAGAGCCCUGGGGACGGCGCUGGGGGUGGUGAAGGUGGAGGAGCCGCGGGGGAACUUCAGCAAGUUCGAGCGGCGCCAGGCGCGGCCGCUGGAGCCGCCGCUGCCGCGGGACGAGGAGGGCGGCGCCGAAUUCCCGCGGAAGCUUCCGGAGCCGCGGCCGCCGCCGCGCGUGCGCCCGGUGCCGGCGCUGGUGCCGCGCCCGCCCCAAACCUCGCUGGUCAAGUUCGUGGGGAACAUCUACACCCUCAAGUGCAGGUUCUGCGAGGUGGAAUUCCAGGGCCCUCUGUCCAUCCAGGAGGAGUGGGUGCGGCACCUGCAGCGCCACAUCCUGGAGAUGAAUUUUUCCAAGGCGGAUCCGUGCCGGAGCGAGGCCCCCCCGGAGCCGCCCGCCCUGCCCGAGGCUCCCUGAAUAUUCCCAAAAAAAAUUCCAGGAGGGGAAAAACA